UUUUACGAACAUAAACUUUAAAACUCAAAGGGCAUUCCUUUUAAUAUGAACUCAAUCUGAAAAAUCUUAAUCAAAAAACAUCGCAGUCCCUUUUUUUUAUUUACACUUGAAAUUCCAACUAGACGAUAAAUAAAAUUGACUUUGAUAGUUAAAUGGAUAUAUCUAGAUUAAUUUUGCUGACUUAUCGAAUCAUUUAAAAAUUUGGCCAAAUUUGAUAUUAAUAUUAUAUUAAUUUGAUAUUAAUUCAUUGUAUAAAUAUUUUUAGCAUAUCGAUUCAUUUUGUCUUAUAAGUCUCACCAUGAGUAGUGAUUCAAGUCAGGUUUUGAAAGAUGAUGUCAAAAGAAGUAAAUUUAACACUUCUUCAGACUGUGCUGAAGCCAUGCUUGAAAAAAUGGAUGGGGAAUAUUUAAUAACUGACGUUUGCGCCAAUUUAACAAAUAAAAAAUUUGCUCGGGAUGUUGACAGUGUGAUUCAGCGGUCUAAAAAUGCUGGAAUAAAGAAAAUUAUUGUUUCGGGAACAAAUAUUGCCUCAAGUAGAGAAGCUCUGCGUUUGACUAGAUUAUAUCCUGAUUAUAUAUAUUGUGCAGCAGGAGUUCAUCCUAAUGAAGCAAAAAAUUGGGAUGAGGACUUUGAAGAAGAAUUGAAAGAUAUUCUUUCAAAUCCAGAGUGUGUGGCUAUAGGACAAUGUGGCUUGGACUAUAGUAAAAAUGUUUCUGAACAGUCAGAGCAAAAGGAAGUAUUGAUUAAGCAGCUGAAGCUGGCUAAGGAGUUGAAAAAGCCAAUUCUUAUAAGUGAGAGGGAUGCUCAUAAUGAUUUAUUAGAAAUACUGAAAAAUAAUUCUUCUAGUCUGCCAGAUAUUCUAAUCCAUUCUUUUUGUGGAAAAGUAGAAGAGUUAAAAGCCUAUCUUUCCAGUGGCUGUUACAUUGGUUUGACAGGUUCUGUUUGGAAGGACAAAUCUGAGGAAGGUUUGAAGAAAAUCAUUGAGGAUAACCUGGUGCCACUAGAUCAUCUCCUGAUCGAAAGUGAUUCACCAUUUAUGUAUCCAAACACCAGAGCCAGUCAAAUUCCUGCAUCAGUCAAAGAGAAACUAACUGAAAAAUCUUUGAGCUUUCUUCAAAGAUAUUGUACUUUUCAAAGGAAUGAGCCCUGCUCUCUUCCUGUGACUAUUGAAAUGCUUGCUGCAUUCUAUAAAAUUCGACCUGAUGAAAUGGCUCUUCAAACUACCUAUAAUGCCUUAAAGUUAUUUGCAUUGACCUAAUAUAGAAAACUUUUAUAGAUGUAUAUUUCUCAUGUCUUACAAGCAUUUGAUAUUUCUCUAAGAUUUAAAAUGUAGUGCUAUAAAUGUAUAUUUAAAAUGUAGUGCUACAGGAUUAUUUGUAAGAUCCUAUAAGCUAUACAAAAGAUGCAGGUAAUUUACGAUUGCCCCAUAUUGAAUCGAUAUCCGCAUAGUUUCAAUUCAGUUAAAUUUCAUUUGCUUAAUAAAAUUGCCCAAUUUAAUUACCAAAUGAAAAUUAUGUACAUAAUUUAUAGGACUCUAAUUAUGAGUAUUCAAAAAUGUAUUGGGACUUUCUUCUUCUGAUCCACUAUAAAAUUUUAUCUUUUUACCACUUUAAAUAUAAUGUAAUAGCUCAAUAUUUUUAUUUCUUAAGCAAUAUACAUGUUAUGAUCAUGGUGAAUUAAUGUUUAAGAAAAAAAUUUUUGUUUUUAGAAAUGAUUUAUAGUUUAAGAAUUGUUGUUAGUCUUCAAAUAAAACAAAAUAAUGAUAAGUUAAGAGCGAUUACCAUUGUGUUUGUCUAAAAAAAAUAAUAAUAACACUUGUUUUCUUUAGGGAUAUUUAUUGCUAGCAUAUUAAGUCCAGUUUAAUCUCUGUUUAACAGUGCUCUAUUUAACAACCACUUUUAUCUUCAUGAUCUUAUGUUUGCAGUCUUCAUAGUUGAGAAAGGAUUAAAUUUUUUAAUGUGUUAAAAAAAUCUUUUUAUUUUUUCAUUUCAGCUAGCCAAUUUUCGUUGAAUGGAAACUAGUUUUAAAAAAUAGCUUAAAAAUCAAAGUUUAUCAUUCAAUAAUCAUGAAUGCAAACCUAUUAAUUUCUACUAUUUUUUAGGAUGAUUUUCCUGAGUGGUAAUGAAAGGACAAUUGAAUUAAAUUUGUGAGCAGAAAUUUUUCUAGAGCUUCAGUGCAUGUGUAUAUUUUAUUUAUUUAUUUGUAUGGUGGUAAAAAUUAUUUUAAAUUAAAUUUAUAAGCAAUGAAACUUUUUUUCAAAUUUAAUAUAGAAGAAAAUUUAAGAAGUUAUCUAGUCCUGUUACUGUUAGAAAUGUCGCUUUGAGAAAACACCAUUUAGAGUUGUCUAAACCUGAUUCUAUUAUUAUUAA